AUUUGAUCUCAUCGUAUAAUCAAGGUAAAUCGAAGCCUUAAUCUUGUUGAUUUAUGGAUUUAGACUAGAUUGCAUAUUGUUUUCUUCGCGUUAAGGUUUCGGGUAAGGGUUUUCACUCGAAUUGGGAAAGUUUUCUUUCUACUUAGGGUUUGAAAACGAUCUUGGUUUCAUGCGAUUUGGGAUUAUCUUCUUCUCUUAUUUUGAAAGAGUCAAUCUAUUAGGGUUUCAAAACGAUUUGUGUUUGAAUUGAUUUGGGAAAGUCUUCGUUUGUAGUUAGUGUUUGAAAACGAUUUUUGUUUGUAGUUCAAAGAGGGUUGUGUUGUGUUGUGUUGUUAAGAUUUCGACUCUGUGAUUCAUUACGAUUGGAGUGUUGUGUUCUUCAGAUUGUUUACCCAGAAGUACUAUCUUCUUCUCAUAGAUUAGUAUUACUACUGUGUGCUCUGUGAAUUCUUUAAUGUUGUGAAUUCUUUACGGUUUCAGAUUCUUUUCAGAUUGUUUAUAAGUCAGAUUCUUUAAUGUUGUGAAUGUAUAGGAGAACAAGUUCGAUUGUAUAGGAGAACAAGUUGAUUACUUUUGAUGUCUAAUUUCUAUCUUGUAAAUCUCUUUCAGGUGAAGGAAACAUGGGACAAGAUUAUACCUAAGGACUCCUAAUUAGAUAUACCAUUGGACAAACAUUUUUUAUUAGAAUUCUUAACUAUUCAAAAAAAAAAAAAUUACUAAAAUAAUGCUAAGGACUCCAAUGGUGGUAAGAGCAACAUUAUCAAGACAUUUGAACACUUCUUAUGGGCGAUCCUUACCCAAUAUUGGCCCAAAAUUAAAUAUAAAGUCCAGUUAAAUGAAGGAGACGAUUUUUAGGUAAGAAGUUUUUUGACUUCGUUCUUCUGUCACGUGUCAUUCUAUGAUACGUUUUGUGAAGCGAUAGAGGGUCUCGUCGUUUUGCUCUGGAUCUAUUCUCUCAGUCUCCCUCUUCUCUCUCUCUCUCUCUCUCGAUCCGUAGACGGCGAUUCGCUGGAAGUGAAGAAUCAUCGGUCCACAUCGAUCAAUCGUUUAAUCUCGGCAUCGAAUCUGCACCAGGUUCGUAUUACUCUCUCUCUCCGUCUCCCUCUUCUCUGUCUCUCUCUCUCUCGUAUCGAUUUUGUGGAUAUAAUUUUGGGAUUAUCGAUUAUGUGUUUCUAAUAUUUUGCAUGCUUUGGGUUUGAUCAAGGUCCGCGGAGUUUGGGUUUAGGGUUUCAUCGUCUCUUCCUUCUCUCGCUGUCGACGGGUACUUCCGCCGCCGUCGUCUAUUCUCGUCCAUCUCGCCUCUCUUCUUUCUCCGGUUGGAAACCAUCUCUGCCGCCGUCACCAACAGGUUUAAUUCGUAAAAAUGGGCCGAUAUAGUUACAGCCAGCCUUCAGAUUCAUCACACUAUAGUGGGGAUCAAGCUGAUAGUGGGUACAGCGAGACAGAAGAGCUUAUUGGUCGUGACCAAGCUGAGUUGGAGUUGAAGUAUCCUGAGCCGUCUCAGUACCCUACGCAGUAUCCUCCACAACCUGAGGUGGAGUUUGGAUUCCCCCAGGUUUGCUAUUGUGGUGAUGCACCAAUUCUAGCUACAUCAAAAAACGAUCCGGGGAGGAGGGUAUACACCUGCAAGAAUGUGGAUGAUGGCGAUUGCCAUGUCUGGAAGUUUUGGGACGUCGCGGUGAUGGAGGAGAUGAGGGUGAGGGAUAAACACAUUAUGCAGUUGGAGGAAAAGGUAGAUAACCUUACCUUAAUGAGUAACUUUGAGUCUGAGGAAAAGGUGGUUAGGCUAGAGAACUUAGUUUCUGACUUGGCAAAGAAGUCGUUUACUUUAAAAAUUGAGUUUGAAGUUUGUGUUGGUGUCAUGCUCUUUGUAUUAGUGGUACUUGGUCUGGUGAUCGGAGGGAAGUGAUGUUGGUGUAUUGUUAUGUACUAAUGUGUUGUAUUGUUAUGAACUUUAUGAAUUACAAAUGUGUUGUAUUGUAAUGAAUUAAAUGUGUUAAUUGUUUAUGCCUCCACUCCAUGUAUAUUGUUCGAUUCAAUCACUUGUAUAAUUAACUUAUUGAUAUCGAAUUUGUAAGCCAACUGUGCAACAACUACUUCACUCGUUCACAUAAAAAUAAUUAAAAUGUGACUUUGAAACAACAACUACUUGUCUCGUGAACCACUUUAAACAACAUAAUAAUUCAAAGGUACAACAUAAUAAUUCAAAGGUGUAAGAGUCACAUGAGUUGUUUUUUACUUCCACAACAAAACAAUAUACAUUCACAAGUUGUAUCACGAGAACACAAUAUACAUUCACAAGUUGUAUCACGAGAAGAGCUUAUUUGCCCCUAUAAAUAUGAAAGAUCAUUGGCAAUUUAAAGACAUCCCUCCCCUUUCAUCAACUCUUCAUUUUAAAUGUAAAAAAACUCUAAUGGCAUCUUCUUCUCAUUAUCACUACCAUAACGAUGACGAUGAUGAAGAUUAUGUUAAUUAUUACGUUGAAGAUUAUGUUAAUGAUUACGUUCAAAACUUUGAUGAAGAACCAAAAGAGCGGAAGCAACGUAUUUAUAUGGAGAGGCACCGAGAAGACGGCCACCAGAUGCUCUGGAAUGAUUACUUUUGCGAGACUCCAACUUAUAAUGUUCAAUUAUUCCGACGACGGUUUCGAAUGAACAAAUCAUUGUUCCUGCGUAUUGUGAAUCGUCUCACAACCAACAUACCGUAUUUUCAACAAGGCAAAGAUUGUACCGGACGGUCUAGUCUAACACCCCUACAAAAAUGUACUGCAGCAAUUCGACAGUUGGCAUAUGGCGGUGCAGCUGAUUCACUUGAUGAGUAUGUCCGGCUUGCUGAAACGACAGCUCGGAAAUGUUUGCACAAUUUUACCGCCGGAAUAAUCAGCUUGUUUGGUGAUGAAUACCUCCGCCGUCCCACACAUGAGGACCUGCAAAGACUUCUCUAUAUAGGAGAACAACGUGGAUUUCCGGGGAUGGUUGGCAGCAUCGACUGUAUGCAUUGGGAGUGGAAGAAUUGCCCCACUGCUUGGAAAGGAAUGUAUUCACGAGGAACCGAAAAACCAACAAUUGUUUUGGAGGCGGUAGCUUCAAGUGACCUCUGGAUAUGGCACGCAUUUUUUGGAGCUCCAGGUACUAUGAACGAUCUUAAUAUUCUCGAUCGAUCACCCGUUUUUGAUGACAUUAUUAACGGAAUAGCGCCACAAGUGAACUUCUGUGUUAAUGGUAAUACAUACCAUUUGGCAUAUUAUCUCACUGAUGGUAUUUAUCCGAAAUGAGCGACUUUUAUUCAAUCUAUCCGACUUUCACAAAGUGAGAAACAUUCGUUAUUUGCUAAAACCCAAGAAGCUGUUCGAAAAGAUGUGGAGCGUGCCUUCGGAGUUCUGCAAGCUAGAUUUGCCGUAGUGAAAAAUCCAUCUAAGUUAUGGGAUAAAGAAAAAAUAGCAAAUAUUAUGAAAGCAUGCAUCAUACUCCAUAAUAUGAUUGUCGAGGAUGAAUGUUCAACAUUCACUCAGUAUAACGAGAGAGAAUUUCAAGAAAGCGAAGAAGAGGAUACAUUCACCGUUACUCCGAAUUCAAAUCUCGGCACUGCAAUGGAUCGUCGAUCGAGCGUUCGUAACAGACAAGCCCAUGAACAAUUAAAAUUCGAUUUGAUUGAAAAUAUUUGGGCUAAAUUUGGACAUCUUCCAAAUAACCAAUGAUUUUUAAGUUUCUGUGAAUUGAAUAAAAUGUGUGUUAGCUAUUAUUUUUAAUUUUUUUUUAAAUGGAAUGUAGUAAAAUGUUUGUAAUUUUAAUUUAAUGAAAUAAAAAGUUUUUUUUUAAUGUAUUGAAUAUAAAUGGAUAUAUCUUAAUUACUAUUUAUAAAUAAAAAUAAUAUUUUUAACCUAAGAACCUUCGAAAAGUUCUAUUGAUAAUGUAGUAUUUUAGUUAAGUAUCUUACAAAACUUCUUAGACUAAAAAUAGUCAUUAAAUAUUCUAAGAUGUUUGCUAAGAGUUGCCAUUGAUAAUAUUGCUCU